AUGCCAAUCAACGCAAUGCAACCUAACAACUAUGGCUUCCAAGGAUCCAAAACAAACUGCACCUACUCCAUUGAGAUUGAGACAACAUGUGCACGAUCUGCCGGAACCACGGACCACGUCAGUGUCAGAUUCGGGGACUCUGAGGGUAACUUGAUCAUAGUGAAGCAUCUGAACAACCCUAAGCUAUUGUAUGCUCCCAAAGGUGGUUUGAGACGUAGGGGUUAUGGCGGGUUUGGACGAUGUGCCAAAGACAUGUUUGAGGCCAGUGGACCAUGCAUGAGCCAGAGAGUGUGCUCUCUAUACCUGAAGAGGGUCGGCUCAGACGACUGGAGACCUGGCCGGGUGAAGGUGCUUCAUCAACAAGAUGGCAGCCGUAAUCUCAGCAACUUCAAUCAUACCAGAAACCAGAAAUAA